CCACAAAUGGCGGCCAACGUGUUAAGAAACGCCUUCAAGACAGAGAAGCCCCACUCUUCAAUCACCGACUGGAUCGACAUUCUUACCGCGGAUGGCAUUGACGACGAAGCUUACGAUGGUAUUCCGGAGGUCGUCGAUGCGAUAAAUCUACAAUCUGCAGGCCCCACCGAAGCCUCUCGAGCCAUCCGAAAGAAGCUCAAACACGGCAGGCCUCACCAGCAAUACCGCGCUCUCGUUAUUCUUAAAGCUCUCGUAGAGAAUGGGGGCCACAAAUUCAAAACGACUUUUGCGGAUGGUCAACUGACUGAUGCGCUCAAGAACCUUGCCUCGGACAUGAAUACGGACAAGAAGGUGAAGAAGAAGGCCCUGCUCGUCCUCGCGAGCUGGCAAGAUCAGUUCAAGAACGAUCCUUCGAUGAGUGCAGUUGCGGGCCUCUACAAGCAAGUAAGACACGAUAGACACGAACGUGCAAAUCAGAUGGAGAUGAUGGGUGUGCCGGACGUGGAGGCAAUAGAGAGGAAGAAGGCGAAGCAAGAGGCAAAGGAGAGACAACGGCUCGAGGAAGAGGCCAGGAAAUUGAAAGAGAAACAAGAGAAAGAACGCAAGAAUCGACCGAAACGCGCGCCAUUCGACUUUGAAAAGGAAAAGCCAAAGGUGUUGGGAAGUAUCGUCGAAGCUUCUCAAGCAUCUAGCAAUCUUGUCAAUGCCAUCACACUUGUUAACCGCGAAAAAGAUAGUCUGGCGACCAACGAACGUGUCCAGGAGUGUUUAGCAAUCGCGAAACAAGUCCGUAAGACUGUGGUCCGUUACAUCCAGCUCGUGGAGAAAGAAGACCUUAUCGGGACCCUGAUCGAAGCAAACGAGCGCAUCAUCAAUGCCCUCGACACAUACGACAAACUUUCGAUUGCAGAAACAGAGGCUGCGACAACAGACAGUGUGGCUGAUGGGUUGGCUGCCACCCAUCUAAACUCUUCUGAAACCGAGUUGAACAAGUUGCAAGAAAAACAACGUGCUGCCGUGCUCCGCGCGAAGCAAAACUCGAUUCGAGGGAGGUCGGGUGAUAGCAGCUUACACCCCGAUUUACACGACCUCAAUUUCGGCACGUUGGGCUCGUCAUCCCAGAAUUUGCCCCCGCCAAUGCGUCCAACGGCGCUCUCAGAUGACGGAGAAGACGCCAAUGAGGCAUAUGCCCGUGGUUCGCUAUCUGACUUUAGCGAUUAUGACUCUUCAGACGAAGACAACCACAACGGAGCUGGUCCUUCACGAACGACCCGCGAUCUGGUCACAGUUUCUGACGACGAGACAUCACCCGCACCCAAGAACCGUGGGCAUGUAGAGGAUCCAUUUGCCGAUCCCUUCGCAGAUUGA